CAAGAAUUGCAUUCCUACAACCGAGACCCCACCACCAUGGAUGACAGUGUUGUGCAAGCCGUGGAGGCUAUGUACGCGUCGAGCUCGACAGGACAGACCCGCAGCGCCGCCGACGCGUUCCUGCGCUCGUUCCAGACCAGUCCCAAUGCGUUCGCCGUGAGCCAUGCCUUCCUCGCGAACGCGCCUACCACUGCCCGAGUGGUGCAGCUGUUUGCCGCGCAAACCAUCAGUCACUUGACGCUGACCCCGGCCCAAGUGUCGCAACUGUCGUCGCUCUUUUCGCUGCAUCACCACGAACGGGACAUUGUCCGGCUGCUGGGCACGGCCCUCGUCCGCAACAUGGAGGCGGGACAGGGCCUAGACUGGCUGAUCCAAGGUCCUUGGGACGCCGACGUCCGCAUCUCGUUGCUCACGCUCGCGGCCGUCGAGAGCGUCGCGUACACAGAAGCGCAGAACGUGAUUGUGUACCUCGGCAGCAGCCAUGCCGCGACCAAGGACACGUUGUUGUGCAUGGCCGAGUGGGUCAAGCUGCUCGACCGCGACGCGCGGCAUCCGGAUUUGGUGAUCAAGAACCCUCUGACCACGUAUGCGAUCCAGGUCCUCCACCGAGGCCUCGACGAUACCUCGGACCUCUUCGACGCCGCCGUGGACUUGGUCGUGGAAGUGAUUCGCACGUACAACUCGACACUGGUCGACCUUCCCGUGAUUCAGUGGCUCAUCCCUCAACUCAUGCAGCUCAAACCGUUGUUCACUGCCGCGGCGGCCCAAGAGAUCACCGAAUGUUGCCUCGGCCUGGCCCGAGUGUUUACCGAAAUGGCCGAAGUAUAUUUGGACAUUUUACUGGGCGAUUCGCCCAUGAACCAAGUGCUGGUGGUCGACACACUGCUCGAGUGCAUGGCGUUCCCAGACCCCGAGCUCGCAGCUAUUACGAUUCCGUUUUGGUUUGCGUUUACCGAAGCAUUGCGGUUCGUGCCAGAUGUCCAUCAAAAGCAAACUUUGCUGCGAAACUUUGCGCCGUCGCUGACCAACCUCUCGCGCAUUUGCAUGCACACCAUGUGCUUUCGCGACGGGUUUCGCGAACUCCCGUCGGAUAAACAGCAAGAUUUCAAAAACUUUCGAAUGGAAUUGGGAGAUAUCCUCCAAGAUUGCUGUGUGCUGCUUGGAACGGACUUGGUGCUGGCGCAUUGUGUCCAAGGACUCCACGCGAUCCUCACAGACCCCGACUCAUCUCCCGACGCCCAGUGGGAGUCGAUUGAAGCGCAUUUGUACAGUUUUCGGUCCAUUGCCCGUCAAGUGGAGCUCCAAUUGCAAGACUCGUCCAAGGCAGGCCACCCCCCCAUGGAUGAGACUCCCCUGCACACGAUCUUUGCGUUUCUCCCUCGCUUUCCGGCGCAUCCUGCGAUACAGUACACGUCUUGUCUGGUGAUUUCGCGGUACGCUGAGUGGCUGGCGGGGUCCGGCGCCGCGUAUUUAGCGUCGCUGCUAACGUUUGUGGACGCCACCGUGACCAUGAGCGCCACUCGGCACGACUACCACGACUGGCAAGUGCCAACGGCGGUAGCGGCCGCCCUGCGCGGUCUCUGCCUCGACUGCUGGGCCCAUGUUGGUCGUGAUUUGAUGCAGUACUAUGGCCAGCUACAAGCCAGCGAUGCCUUGGACGUAGAAGACCAAGUGAUUCUGCUCGAAGGGAUCUGCAAGGGCGUAUCCGUGGGCGACCCCCAUCUGAUUGUGCCAGCGUUGGAGGCGCUCGUCGCUCCCAUUGCCCAGCGCAUGAACGGAAUUCUGACGGCGGCAUCAUCCACGGCGGCGCCGCCGUCCGCCGGCGGUAUCCUCAAGGACCUCCUGCGUCUCAUGUGCAUUUUCGAUCACACGUCGUCGUCCUCUAAUGGACAGCAGCAACACCCGCUCGUAGCGCUGUCGGAGCAGUUGUUUCCACUGUUUCAGCAGACGUUGCAUGUAUUUGGGUCCAACUUCGACGUCGUGGAGCGAUGCUGCCGCUGCUUUAAGCGCAUGCUGCGGCUGCCUGCGAUGGUGGUGAUGGUUCCAACUCUGUCGCAGAUGCUCGUGCAGAGCUACGCAGCCGUCCCGCAGUCUUCGUACCUGUACUGCGCCAACCAAAUUGUUAAGAACUUUGCCAGCAACGCCAGCAGCAACGACUUGAUUCCUGUAUUGGACCACUUAUUCUCGCAGCUCAGCCAUACGACGUUCACCGUGUUGAGCCAGAGUCUGGUGGACCAUCCGGAUAUCGUCGAAGAGUAUUUUUACCUCGUCGAGCGCUACGUCCGGUCGCUGCCGGGGCUCACGGUGCCGCUGCUGCCGUCGAUUCUCCAGGGAUCGUUGCUGGGGCUGCAUCUGCAACAUAACGACGCGACCAAAGGCGUCCUUUCGUGCCUUGAGCUCAUGCUGAAGCAGCUCACGAAAACUCCGACGGAUGCCGCCGCCCCCACGUCGGCCUACUCGACGACAGUGGAAGCGUGGGUAACUAGCCAAGGUCAGCAGCUCACGCGCACCUUGUUGGGGGGUGUCAUGGGGCACUUGUCCCCUUCGCGGGUAGAUGCCGACUACGGGUCGUGCGCGGGGGUGCUCGUGUGUCUGACUCAAGUGCCCGGGGCGACUUUGCGGGUACGUCCUAUUUAAUUGCAAUUAUAAUAUAAACUGGUGUAGGAAUGGGUCCAAGCAGCGUUGACGGGUACGGGUACUGCGGGGUUGUUUGCAGUGCUCGACUCGACGGGGCGGGUCGCGCCAGAAGAUAAGGCGGCGUUCGUCCAGAACUUGGUCACGGCCGCGGAUGAAGCCUCGUUUCGCCGCGCCGUGCGGCAGUUUUCCAAGCUGUGUCGGCAACGCGCAGUGGUUGUGUAGUAAAAAUAGUACACUCAUAUACUAGUAGUACGCACCAGAUACAUAGUAAUAAUACUAGAUGGGCAUACGAAGAUGAGGCCACGUGAUAUAUAUAUAUAUAUAUAUAUA